AUGUCCCCAAGUAUAUCUCCUUCCCUCUCUUCUAGCAAGGAAUGCCUUUUCACAAAUGUUUCACAACUGGUAGAGAAAUGUGUUGAAUCUGAUAAUAAUUAUUAUUCGUUUUUUGUAUACUCCUGUUAUAUUACUAGACAAGGGGUACUUGUGGAAGGGAUGUUCCGCGUUCUUUUAUCAUUCUCAGCCCAUACAUCAUUCUGGAAGUGGCCCAAGGCACUCCCACUACAUCAUACAACGCGGUCAAAGCAAAUAGUUGCAUCUCCAGAUGCAUCAGACAAGGCAUUAAAAAAACGAUUCAGAUCCUCAAAUGACGGUGAUGCCGCAACUAUGAAGAGAAGCGCGCUCUUUGUUAGUGAGCAACAACUACCACCAAACGAACGAGUGUCUAACACAGCUUCCAGUAGCAACGGUGGUCGUGAUAGUAGUGCUGGUAGCAUAUUGUACCUUCGCGAAGAGCUCCGUAGCCAGAAAGAAGAACUGCAAUCUACCCAGCAUCAGCUUCUUCAAACACAGAUUCGCUUGGCUCAAAUGGAGCACCAGCCCCUUUCUCGGUUCUACACCGCUGCGUUAGAUCAACUUUCACGACUGGACCGUGAGGCCCACGAGGAGGCAACUGCAAUACGUUACACAGCUAUGGCCCUCCAGGCCAGCCACGAUCGCCUGGAGGUGGAGCUACGUCGAGUGUUGGGAAUCGGUCUGACUGCAGGUGAAAUCGACGCGGCUGCUAUAGAGGCCGCAGCGCGGCAUUACAUCCGAUCUAACAUAGGCUUUCGUGUUGAGCAAGUCAGUAAGGAACCGCCCGCACUGACGGCGGCCUCCAAGGUGUCGGAGAGCGCUGCCGAAACCGAUGAUUUUGAGGAAAGCUCCAUAAGUUUCCCUGACACGAGCAAGCAUAAUGAAUAUUAACGCAUGUUAAAGAUUUAAAUCUGUUAUCAGAAGAUAAUAUAUAUAAACAUAUAGAAACGCCAAGUGUGUAUGAUGAAAUGUUGAGCUCAAGGAUCAAGCAUUCACCGGAGACUGAAAGGAUGACGAGACGAAGGAGAUGCAUUUGUUUAAGUAGCUGUGUAUUGUCAAUUGGACGCAGCGGUCA